UUGGAAUGCGUGUGCGCUGUUUGACCUCCAGUAAACUCCUGCUCCGUCAGCACUUCUGCUCCACAUAUAAACCUCCGCCGCCUGUCCGUCACCCUCUUCUGUGUGCAGAACCGGUCUGCUAGACCCGAACCCACGACCAGACCCGUCCCCGUUAACCUCCACACCAUGACCACCGCAGCUCAGCCCAUUUUCUCCAAAGGAGAAGACUGUAAGUCCUCCUGGCAUGACGCGAGCGCCGGCUACAAUGAAGCAGACACGCACCUGGAGAUCAUGGGCAAGCCCGUGAUGGAGAGAUGGGAGACCCCGUAUAUGCACUCCCUGGCCACCGUCGCCUCCUCCAAAGGCGGCCGUGUUCUGGAGAUCGGUUUCGGCAUGGCCAUCGCCGCCACCAAAGUGGAGUCGUUCCCCAUCGAAGAGCACUGGAUCAUCGAGUGCAACGACGGCGUGUUCGCCAGACUCGAAAACUGGGCCAAGUCUCAGCCACACAAGAUCGUUCCUCUCAAAGGCCUCUGGGAAAACGUCGUACCCACUCUGCCAGACAACCACUUCGAUGGAAUCCUGUACGACACCUACCCUUUGUCAGAGGACACGUGGCACACUCAUCAGUUCGACUUCAUUAAGGGCCACGCCCACCGGCUGCUGAAACCCGGCGGCGUCCUCACCUACUGCAACCUGACGUCCUGGGGCGAGCUGCUCAAGACCAAGUACGACAACAUCGACAAGAUGUUUGAGGAGACCCAGGUGCCUCAUCUGCUCCAGGCCGGAUUCAAGAAGGACAAGAUUAGCACCAGCACCAUGGACAUUGUACCGCCGACCGAAUGCAAAUACUACUCCUUCCGCAAGAUGAUCACUCCCACCAUCGUCAAAGAGUGAAAUCUAAAGAUGCAGCUGAUUUUUUUUUUUACUUUAACUGUAAUGUGUCUUAAGUCUCCAUCUUCAUUCUGUUCGUCUCAGUGAUCAUCAUCUUUCAAUAAACCCAGUCCGUCCCAACUC